AAAGCUUGAAGCAGCCAUGCUUGAGUCAUACGUGGCUCCCUUGCUCAUGAGUUAUGUGAGCAAGUACAUCAAAAACAUUCAGCCACGUGAUCUCAAUCUCUCAGUUUGGAACGGAGAUGUAACACUUCACAAACUAGACCUGCGCUUGGACGUGAUCGAACAGGAACUGAAGAUGCCUUUCAAGUUGCUUAGUGGACAUAUCAACCAGCUAGAUCUGAAAAUACCCUGGAUGACUCUGGGUUCCGAGCCAGUUGUUGUUAACAUCAGCACCAUUGAACUUGUAUUCACACUAAAGCCAGCACCGAUGUCUGGAGCUGGAACAAGCCAAGAGCAAACAUCAGCUGGCCGAACUGCAGAGAGCCGAAAUUUAGAUCCAGUGGCGAGCAAUUUACAGCCUAAUCCUGACCAGACGAUGUCCUCGAGUUACACUCAGAAUUUCGUAACAAAAAUAAUCAACAAUGUCUCAGUAAAUAUCAAUAAUUUGAUCUUGAAGUACAUCGAAGACGAUAUUGUGUUUUCUCUGAACCUGACUUCGCUUCGCUUGUUCACAGCGAAUGAAAACUGGGGACCUGCUUUUGUAGACGCAGCUCAAAAUGAAAAUUUAGCUGUGCGAAAAGUGUGCAAUAUUAGAGACUUAACCAUCUGCCUGGACAAAAGAAAUAACAAUGGUGUAAUAGAGUCCUAUCAAGAUCCGAUUUUAUACCGAUGCUCAUUUGCAGUUCGAACGCACAUAACUUUCGAUUCACCAUCCUGCAGUAGAACAAAGACUGUGAAGGUUCAUGUGUUUUUCGAUUCCUUCGAGCUUUCGAUUUCGGAUGUCCAGCUGCCGAUGUUUCUCAGAUUAGUUUCUUUGAUAAUCGAGAUCUACUAUGGAUCUCUUGAACUUCCAAACAGAUGCGUUUACAUUGAGUCUGACCUCUCUCCAAGCGACCGUGAUGCAAUGAACCAAAGCAGUGCCGUAACGAUCAGUCCUGAAUUGGACAUAGAACAUAAUCUAGAAGCUUUGCAAUUGGAUGACGGCUCUGAAAACCAGGAAGGGUGGAUCUCUUGGGCCUGGUCGCGAGUGCCAGCUGUUUGGAAUGACCCAAAUGCGUCCACUUCUAAGUUCAAAACGCCUCAGUUGAUGUCGAUAGGAGUUUAUGCAAAGAAGUUCGCCAUAACUUUCAAGCCAACAUAUUCGACUCCCUCUAGAAAAUUACCAGUAGAGCCAAUAUUGCGAAUUGAUGCCGAAGGAUGUGGAAUGGAUCUUCAGAUGUUCGGACUCCUGUUCUUAAGUGUAGAUAUGGCCUCAACAUCCGUGACGUCAUCUGUUCACGGGUUCUGUCCAUGCGGAGCACGUGACUGUUCCUAUGAUCAAAAGUUCACUUUCUUCUCUAUAGGAGAGCCACUAGGAUUUAAAGUUGGUAAUAAUUAUUUGACAAACUCUCUUUUUGACGACGAAGCUCCAGAUAAUAAUGGAAUUCAGCCUUCAACGAAUUUAGACGCAGACUCACAUUUCAAAAUUAUGACCGAGGAAAGAAUGCGAGAUGUUUUUGGAGCUUAUCAUUUCGGUUACGUUUUCCAGCUAAGUGCCAAUGAAUCCGAAAUAGGGGAGAUCGUAUACAACCCAUCAGAGAGACUGCUGCCCUACCCUGAAGCGUCGUGGAUGAAGCUGACUGUCUAUCCGUGUAAUUUAAUGAUAACUAGUAGUGUUGUUCACAGACUCAGUUUAGUCUUGCAACAUGCCUCGAAAGUUGGUGUCAAUUAUCAGCCCUACAGCACCCCGAAACAAGUAGUACCCAAUGAAACAAACCAUCGGUUGCCUAGUAAUUUGGAGUGGUCAUUAUUGAACAAAUUCAUAUCGAAGCGACAGAAGUCUGUGAAAGUAAUUUCUCCAAACGUAGUGAUAUCCGUAAGCAAUCAUCAGCACCUGGAAAGCAGUUUGCCUCUUUUGUAUGAAGAUCAAACUGUCAACCACUCAUUGCCUUUGCUGUGCCUCCAAGCCAAUUGUGACUCUAUCAGCUUAAACUUUACGACCCCGAUGUAUGCUAAGCAUGUUGUCGGCAUGCUGUCAUUAGUCCCAAAUUUGGACAAGCUUUUGUUCGAUCAGUGCUUCGCAACAACAACUGCGAAGAUCAAUAAGGGAACUCUUUCGUUCUGUAAACUGGUUAACGAUCCAAACUCUUCGGCGAACCAGAAGACAUUCACUUCUCCAGUAGACAUAUCAUAUACGUCCAGCGCGUUGCUGUUGCAAAACUUCUGGAAGGAUUCGGACCUCGAGUUCUCAAAUUUUUACCAACUCCAAACAUCACCACUGGAGCUGUUUUUGAACAAGGCUCAGUUUUUGUUCCUGGCAGACUUUGCCAUGAGUUCAAAUAGUGUCACCAAUCCAAAGACAAACUCUCAUUUAAAACUGAGCAGUUCUUCGAUCUGCUACGAUAUCUUUGACGACUCAUUGCCUAAAUUGCAUCUCUUUUCGAGUUACACUGAUCUCCAGUCCUACUCAAAAGCAGACUUGAUUGUGGCGCGAGCCAAUUUUGGACAUCUUACAGCUGGUUAUUUCCAGGCAACGCAAGGUGGCGGCUACACGCAGAUUUUGAAGACGGAAUCGAAGAAUAUGCCGCAUGCUUUUAUAGAAGUGAAAGCAUCUUUGCCUGGUGAUUUUCAGAACCUAAAUGUGGAAAACAAUUCGUUCGAAAUCAAUGUUUCGUCUUUUAAUGCCAGUUUUGUACCUGCUCUUAGAGAGUGGCUAUGUUUUGAUAUCAGAUUUCCUGGAAACUGCAACCCUGCAAUCAAUUACAAUUCGCCUGCCUUCUUUUUGUAUAAAGGCGAACAGGUUUUCUCGAAUUAUUGCUCGGCUUCUGUCAUUUUAGCAAUGUACGAGAAACCACGCGAACAAAAUUAUUUCAUUAUGUUGAACAAAAUUAAGUGUCUAAAUUUCCAAAUGUCAACUGAAUAUAGUCAAGUGAACUUUUACCACCCAAAUGGAAUCAGUGAAACGCUAUCAGUACUGACUAUAUCCUUACCGGUCAUUAAAUUAACCAGUCAUGGAUACAAUUCAAUAUCGGUUGCAAGCGACAGUUCUGCCAGCAGCAAUGCGCCUAGGACUUCUGGGUUCCCGUGGUACUUGAAUAUCCCGUUUUUGGAAUUGAAAAGUGACUCGGAAACCAUCGUCCUAAUCAAGACUACAAGUCUGAAUUGUGCCGUGACAAAUACUUCAAAAAGUAGUCAUCAUUCUCCGGGAGGUGAGCACAGUUCAAAUGUUUUGGCGCUUUCUUGUCACUUCGAUUGCGAGAACGUUCAAAUUCUGUUUUCAAACUCUAGAUUAAUCAAAAGUCUCCACUGUGCCAUAUUUUUAUUCGAUGUCGCUUCAAACGUGUGCACAGUCCUGAAGUUCCCAAUUGAAAAUUGCCAUGAUGUUCUUGGGAGUGUUGUGAGGGAUUCAAUGGCAAGUCCGUCUAUCAUUUGGAGAACUAACGCAACCUCGGACGCCGACAGUGAAGACGCGAACGCCGAGUCAACAUCGCAAGGCGCACGACAGAACCAAGGACCAGAGUUCGAAUCUGAGUCGCGUAGAAGUGAGCAUUCGCCAGCAGUUCCUCAAAGUCUCAAAGUAAACAUGUUUUUACAAGCGACGUUGAACAAGUUUGAUCUAUUGCUGUAUAGAAAAAUGUCUGAAAAGCCCGCUGUAGUCGCAACUGUGAAUGAAAUAUCCCUGAUUGCAGACAAACAUUCAACUAGCCUUCAGACGAAAAUUAAAGUAUCUUCUUUAGAAGUUGUUGAUCAAGGCGAAAAGAUACUUUCAAGUGAUCCAUGGUUUCGAUAUGAUACAUUUUGUCACUCAGUUUCAACAGAUGGUCAAGAAAACGAAGAGGAUUUGAGAAAUGCGAGUCGUGCCGAGGAGUUUUUGAGACGGUUCCGUCAAAACAACAAUAGACCUCGAGAAGCAUUCUGCUCGAUCAUUUUCACGCGAGCUCUAAGUCGAGUUAUACUGCAAAAAUUAGCCAAUCAGACGACGAAGAAGAUGCCAAGCGCAUCGAAACACGCGGAGAACAAUUAUGUGAGUGAAAUAUGUGUCAACAUGAGCAGCUUUGAUUCGGUGCUGCUGUCGAAAACUAUCUCAACAUUAAUCGAUGUGUUCGAUUCGUCGGAUCUUCAAUUUGGGUCAACAAGCACCAGUUCAAAAUCACAAGCUGGCAAGAGAUCUGGGAAACAUUCGAAUGUUUUAUGUGUUAGAAGUUUACCUUUGAUCAAUAUCAAUUUCCAAGAAUCCCGAAUAUGUAUUCCUCUAUUGGACCAAUCACACUUGAAAGGCGAUAACGAAAUAAGCGCUAACUGUCUUCUGGUUCAAAUGGAAAGCCUGCAAGUUUUGCCACAUACCGACAGACCAAUACAGCGAACCAUUCUGAAAAACAGUUUCUACACUAAAGCUUUGUUGUCAGGCGACAUAAACGUCCCGGGAUCUCUAGUUGAGGACCGACAAUACUCAUUGACUCUUAGCAAUUUCUUCAUUGGAGUGGUUCCGUGGGAAGACCUGCUCUUGUCUCCCGACAAACAAAAGCUUGAAAUCCUCGAUGUUCAUAGUCAAAAUCCCGCCCUAGAGUGGAACAGAAGUGAAUACCUACAAGCAAUAAUCAGACCCCUGAAAAUGGGGCAUGUUCUGAACAAUGUUUCCAUACGCAGUGAGUUCGCCCCUGCUAUUGUAAUAACGAGACCAAUAGCUUCCAAGUACACUGAGUAUGUUGUAGUUAGCGGACAUUCGGCUCAAAUGGAACUGACAAAUAUAAACUUUACUAUCAGCGAGGAACUCUUGCUGUUGGUUCAAAAAUUGAUGAAUGAAUACACGUUUGAGCUACCCUCAGAAAAUGCUGGUAAAGAUGAAAAUGAGGAGCUCGAAACUAGACAUCUGUAUAGUGAAUUAGAAACUUCGUUUUGCUCUGAAAAAUCGUACCAACAAUAUAAUUUUUCACCUGUGAAAAGAAAACUAGGAACAAUCAAUGAAGCUCCGUCGAGGAACGCAUUUGUGAGAACAAGUGAAUUGCAUACCAAGAAAAGUGCGUCUAAAAAAGCGAUACCAAUUGAAGCUCUCCUGAUACUCUGUGAGUUCGAAGUUUCACUCAAUCUAAAUGAUGAAAUAAACACGUUAAACCCUCUUGGAAAGUUCAACAUUCGCAACUCAUUUGUCUCAUAUAAAUCGUCUGAAAACGAUUUGAUCGAAAUUGGAUCAUAUGGACUUCAAGUUGGAAUUGCAAAAAGUAACGUAGCAAAAAGAAAGUCCAUGACUGAAGCAGAACUGUUUGAAAAUGUGCUGAGUUGUGUUGGAAGCGGCCGAGAUAUUGCACCACUUAUUCGCGCAAGCGCACAUGGCGUUUUCACAAAAAGCAUUGAUUCGUCUUUGACAUGUAAAGCACCGAUAUCUCUUUGUUUGAACUCGCAAAUUAUCUCCAAGUUGGAUAACUUCAAGCCUUUGUUGGAUAAAUUUUGUGAGCUAUCGGGGGUAGAAAACGAAAAAACGAACGCAGAUAAACUUAGCCAGUCAUCAGAAGUCCCUGCUGUGACUGAAGAGUUCAAGAUUUAUCUUGCAGCCACGCUCGAAGAAGGCAUCGAAGCUUCAAUUUUGGACGAUUAUGGUCAUGCUUUGAGGCUGGCAAUUUCGAGAAUUAGCUCAUCUUGUAACAUCGAAUCUCAGGCUUCUGUAUUCGCCGACGUUGCUAUGAACAGCAUUCACGCAUCAUACGUUCAUCCUGCUGUCAAGAAGUCCAAAACGUUCGUUGAAACUUUUGACCUCAGGUCGAAGGCUGUGUAUAUUUUUGAGAAAGAUCAUACUAAUUUGUCGCUCAGUUUUGUAGACGUUGACACUGAUUUGGUCAAACUUGAAUUAAAUAAGCAUUUACAAGAAUCAAUAAAAUCGAUUGCGUUGUUGAGUAAAAUUGUAAGUCAAAAAGAUGCAAGAAAUGAUAGAUCACGAGCACCAGUGAAAAUUGAUUCAACUUGCGUAGCAAUAGAUAUUGAUGAUCAUUCCGAAAGUGAAGAAUUAGACUCAGAAUUUUCCGAAGGAUCUGAAGAUGACGUCAGAAAUGGAAACUUGACCUAUGUGUCUGAGAACUCUCAAGCAAGCCAGUUCCCAGGAGUCAACCAAGUGUCGUUCUCAGAUGAAAAUGACCCGGAAACAUACAUGACGUGGUGCUACGAUUCUCCGAGACGUCUGAGCAAGCUGGAUAUAGCCCCUAUGCCGUUUAGAACGUCGUUUGAAACCAAAAUGAAACCUUGUGUUAAUAUCGAAUUGAGUUCCUGGGAUGUGGCUAAACAGAAAUUCACUGUUCAAUUCGAACGCAAAAUUAGUGAAGAUGAAAUGGUUUCAAUUUUGGAACCUGGGUCGGAGUUAGAUGUUAUUUCUCCCAUGUGGAGACUGCGAGUUCUCAACAAUGAGCUCUCAACGUACCCGAAGCAAGUGCAAACUUCAGUCUCAAAACAGUCCCUGAAAUUAAUUUCAGCUGUGUCGCUAGCCGGUGCAACCCGCGUGAAUUCAUUUGCUCCCCGAAAUUCGAGGUCAAACGUGAGCGUACGAUUGAAUUCAACACUUCAGCUUAACUUGACAGCUUUGAAUGCUUGCAAUCACUCCAAACUCGCCACAGAAUCGAUUGGUUUUGUAGACGUUUUCCAAUUGAGCACCCAGAAUAUCAACCUGUUCUUGGAUUAUUACAAAGAAAUGCUUGUUUUCAACUUAAAGUUCACAUCACUGACAGUGGAUUUAUCCUGCGAUGGUUUCUUCCAAAAUAUUGUAAACGUGCCUUCGAUUAAUGUCGACGGCAAGGUUUCGCCUGAUCUCAAAAAUGUUGAAGUUUCAACUCAAAUCAGUGAUGUAAAUGUCGAAUUGUCUCUUCCGAAACUGCGGGCCAUUUCGUCGUUGAACUUUGCCGACAUCUGCGAAAACGCGUGUGUGAAUUCAUAUCUUCUCGUAAACAAUCUGAAAUGCGUGCUUGUUGUUCAACAUCCAAAUCUUGGAGUUAUUAAUGUCCCGGCUGAAACUCAAAUGCCAGUUCCGCUGCCUAUAGAAAGCUCACCGAUCAAUGUUGCAAUUAAUACGGAUUCGAACUUUGCCAAAGUUCAGUUAGUUAGGUGUCAAACUAAAACUGUAUGUCUCUCAGACCAUAGAGAUCCGAGAUAUUAUUCGGUAUCCUUGCGUUGUCGAGAAUCAACCGAAAAGUGUAAGUUGGUUUUAAUUGAAGUAUCAAACUCAUUUUCGCUUACCAAUCACUUAGACGCGGAUUUAAAAGUAGUAACUGAUUUAUUGUCGCCGAAAAAUAAAGUCGUAGUAAAAAGUGCGAAAACAGAAGUUUCGAAAGUAGAUGAAGAGAACGAGCGACCGGAAGCAAAGAGCAUUAUGCUACCAUUACCAAACAACGAGGAAAUAGUUUUGAUGCAUUUGAGUUCCAAAGAAAGUGAAACCUCAACGUCAAUAUCAGUGCUUAAACCGGAUCCUUCGAAAAAAGUGAAAAUCGGAACCGUAAAUGCGGUUUGUAAAAUAGAAAAAAGUUUUGCAGUCAGUUUGUAUCCCCAAUUUACUGUGAGAAAUUUGUUACCCUUUGAACUCACUCUGCUGUGCUCAAAUUUGAGCGCAAGUUCCGAUUCGAUAGCCGUUUAUCUGAAACCGAAUACUACGAAACAGUUGCUUGAACUAAAUGGAAAUUGUGUGUACGAGGCAAACCUUUUGUCCAAUACUGGGUUGCCAUUAUUUUCCCAACCACCGUUUACUUUUUCAAGCAAUACAGUUACCCGAGCUAACAUCGGAGAUCCUAAACUAAAAGAGGAUGCGAAAAAAUUGAGCAACAUUUUGGCAAGUGUCGACUCCUUCGAAGAAACAAGUGACAUUUCGGUAAACAUACUCACACUCAAAUCGGAAAAGUUUGACCACUCGGCUGAUUUGAGUGUGUUUCCGAAACUGGUUCUGAUCAACAAAUCACAAGUCGAAGUUUCAGUGAAACGUGAAACCCAUUUCGGAACAAACAGUAUGAAGCUAGGAUACAAUUCUGGUGCUCUUAUCAAUCGAGACUGUCCGCAAUUGACUCUUAAGUGUAAAUCCGAGAAUAUGGAACUCAGUGAAAUAGUAGUCGAAUUACUCCAAGAUGAAGUGCCAAGAAGUUUCUCAAAGAACACUAAUUUGGGUCUAAAAUUGAGCGAUUCUCAAACUUUCAAACUGUCCUCGUCUUGCAACGAAUUAAUUUUUUUGAAACUGAAUUGUGAAAUUUUGGCAGGCACUAGAGUUGUGACAAUUUUCGACCAAUUUGAAAUCUCGAACAUGACUGAGUUCAAUUUCAAGUACGAAUAUAGUCUCUGUGAAUCAAAGUCAUCGUCAUAUUCCGGCGAUUCUGAAAUAAAAGUUCUUGAUUUGCCAAGUCAGACUGAAGGAAAGGACGUUUUGAAUCCAUGGAGUCACGAAAAUAGCACUGCGCCUGUAAUAAAAGUUUUGAAAUUGUACGACAGUGAAACAACGAAGUUUAUAUCGAAAGUAGUUCUCAGCGGAUCUUUUGAGACACUUAUAAAUGUGGGCAAAAGGAUAUUGUCGCUUAAUUUAUAUAGCAUCCAGUCCGGGCCAGAUAUUGUGAAAAUCGAAAAUUGUGGACAACCAGGUAUUCUGUGUGUAAACAUGACCGAAAAAUCGUUGAUUAUAGGAAGUUGCAAAGAUCAAAAAGGUUUACCAGAAGAGUUACUUGAAAGCAAUUGUAGCUUCUUAACUUUGCUAGGACCUCAAGACACAAAAGUAAUCCGAAACUGCAAUUUAAUUAGAAUAUGUUCAGGAGAAAGUUCUAAGUUAUCAGAAUCUAAGAAUUGGAGUGACCAUAUCGACGUUUCUUUAGACGCCAUUUCGGUAAUGGUUCCAGGAAUUGGUUGUAUUUAUGGACAAUUUGAAAGUCAAGGACUGCAUACAGUUUUCAAACUGUUGCCAAAACCUUUCGAUAUUUUAUCUCCACGAGAAUUUGUUGUUUUGAGUCAAGCAACCAAAAUUAGUUUCAAAGCUUGCAUAAAAUCCACCACUUUUUCCUACUUCGACUGUGCAAUUUCGCAAGAGUUUCCAUCCGAGAUAUGCAGACUUACCAUCGAAGAUUCCGGUUUACAGGUCAAUAGUCUGGAUCCUCUGUACAAUAACAGUUACAAACUAGGAAUCUCGAUUGGAUCUGUUCAAAUCGAUAACCAGUUAGCCCAAAGUACGUCCCAAUUUGACUUUCCUGUCAUUUUCCAAUUGGAGCGUCCGAAAAGUUUAAACAAUAGCGAUGACACUGAAUUACAUGCUGCUUCUUUAGAAGUAGUAAUUAAGAAAAGUGACGAAUUGUUCAAAGUCCGAUCUUUGAAGCUGCAAGCGCAGCCAAUGGAAUGCCUGUUUGAAGACUCAUUUUUCACUACAAUGAUGUUUUAUGGAGCUCAAGUACAACGUCUGAUGAAGUCUGAAAAUGAGCACGAAAAAAGUAAAGUAUCAACGCAAACUUCAUCUUUGCUUCCAGUUGAAUCUAUAGAAAUUGCUCCAAUAUCUGUCAAACUAAGUUUGCACGCAAACAUAAAGAUCUAUAUCGCCUUAGAUCAGUCCCCGUUAUAUUUCCAUACCUUCAAGAAAGAUUUUCUGUCAUCUGUGUCUAUGAAACGUUUGGGCGAGGAUCUGAUGUUGCAUUACGGAUCUGGACUCUUCGUAAAAGCAGGAGUUGCUCUGGGCUCUCUGGAUAUAAUUGGGAACCCGAUGAGGUUUGUCAGUGAGUUUAGAACGGGUCUGAAAGACCUUGUAACGAUGCCGUACGACGGACUUACCCGAGGCCCGACAUCAUUUAUCACUGGAAUCACUGGUGGUGGGUUGUCAUGUGUUAAACACAUAUCAUCUGGAGCUCUGGGCUGUCUUGUCAACUUAUCAUUCAGUAUCGCGAAAAAUCUUGACCGCAUAUCAAUGGACGCCGAAUAUAGCAACUACCAGAACCAGUUACGAAGACACAGGCCGGUCUACUUCUCAAAUGGAGUGGUCAAGGGGAUGACAGGAUUCGGAGUCGCACUCCUAGGAGCGGUAGCAGGAGUUGUCAAUCUUCCAAUUGAGACGAUGACAAAAGCCGACGGAAGUUCUUCAGGGCCUCAGUUAGUGGGCCAUAUGAUGAAGGGUGUGAGUGCGGGGUUGGUCGGGGUCCUGGCGAAGCCGAUAGGAGGAGCAGCCGACUUUUUGGCUCACACUGGCCAAGGUUUAAUGACGACAACUGGAUUGACAGUCGAGCAUCGGCCGAAAGGACGUCCAAAGUUGCAGAUGAAUCUCAUGAGUUGUCCGACGCCUCAUCUGUUUAACACGAUCAUAACUACUUCAAACUCUUUUCACGUGGAUAUUGAUAAAAUUUUGGUUGAGGUUGUAGUGAAUGCUACGUUGUCGAUAAUGUCAACAAAGAAUCAGCUGACGAUCUGUCUGGGAUUGUGUGGCAGAGGACUGUUCAUCUGGUUGAGACACACGAUUGCAAGUCUGAACAUGGAACCGUCAUUUGCUUUCUACCCUUUUCAUCUCGUCUCUGUGUUUGAAGAUAAACUAGAGGAGAAUAAAAUUUUCCUGCAAUUAGAUCUGUCAGACCAAAAGGGAGAUAACCACCAACUCAUUAUUGACUCCGACUGCAACAGCAGUGUGGACCUGUUGUCCAGAUAUGUAGACUCGGCCACCAAACUCACCGCAUCCAGGGGUGCCAGAGGCGAACUUAGGGGAGGGGGGAGUAGCAACGAAGAGGAAAUGGACCACGAAGAGUCCAAGUCAGGUGUGAACAAUAUGACGUCUUCUUCGGGUGUCCGAAAAAGCAGUGAAACUUGUUCGUCUUUCGCAGGAGAAUCAGAUAGCAAAACUUCGUCGAAUUCAACACUGAACAACGAUACUAAUUCAGUCAACGUUACAAGCCGAAUUCUUAAUUUGUAUUUUGAAACUGCCGACAAGAAACUUUUCAUGGCGAAAUUCAACAUGCUGAACUUGCGUUUUAGAAAGGAGAAGGGUUUGAAAGAUAAACUACAAAUUGUACAGUUAAUGUAAAUGUAAAAUAUUACAAUAGCCUCAUUAUCUAAAUUGAAUUAUAAAUAAAAACGGUUAUGGAAAAGUGUUAUUUAUA